ACUAUUGCGUCAUGGUUACAGCCUCCGCUAUCGGAAGGCAGCUGCACUGACUCUUGUAUCCCCACUGUAAUUGAGAAGAGGCUCAUGUCCGAUGGCAGCGACACAGAAACUGGCCAGUUAUCGGUUACCCCCCCUGCCUACCAUAGGGGAGAUUAUCAAACUGUAUAACCUGAGAGCCGAGAAACAGCUUUCUCAGAACUUCCUCCUCGACAUGCGACUCACAGAUAAGAUUGUCCGGCAGGCGGGAAACCUGAAGGAUGCGCAUGUGUGUGAGGUUGGACCUGGACCUGGGGGUCUCACCAGGUCUAUUCUAAAAGCUGGAGCCGCAGACUUAUUAGUGGUGGAGAAGGACACACGCUUCAUGCCAGGAUUACAGCUUUUGUCUGAGGCUGCCCCUGGAAGAAUGAGGAUUGCACAUGGAGAUAUUCUCACACACAGACUGGAAAGAGGGUUCCCAGCUCACAUAGCCAAGACAUGGGACGAUGUUCCCCCCAACCUGCAUAUCAUUGGGAACCUGCCCUUCAGUGUGUCGACUCCUCUCAUUAUAAAGUGGCUGGAACAGAUGUCCAACAGAACUGGGUCCUUUAUGUUUGGGCGCACAAGGCUUACACUGACCUUCCAGAAAGAGGUGGCUGAACGGUUAACAGCCAGCACUGGAAGCCGUCAGCGAAGCCGUCUCUCUGUCAUGGCUCAAUAUCUCUGCACAGUCAGAAGCUGUUUCACCAUCCCAGGACGAGCCUUUGUUCCAAAACCAACCGUGGAUGUGGGGGUGGUGCACUUCACUCCGCUGGCUCAGCCCCAGAUCCAGCAGCCCUUCAAGCUGGUCGAGAAGAUUGUCAAGAACGCCUUCCAGUUCCGGAGGAAGCACUGUCGCACAGGACUCCAGAUGCUGUUCCCCGAGUCUCAGCGUCUGGAACUGACGGAAGAGUUGCUGCGCAGUGCUGAUGUGGAUCCCACACGGCGGCCCACUGAGAUCUCCAUUUCUGAAUUCAGGGCUUUAGCAGACGCCUACAGCCAGCUUUGUAAGGAGAAUCAAGGCCUCGUCGACUAUGAAUUCAGAGAGGAGCUGAAACUCAAGCAUCAGGAAAAGAGACAGUCGGGCAGCAACCGUAAAGGGCUUCACCUUCACACCACAAUAAAGGAAAAUGUUACUGGCAACCGCUAACUCAUGAAACAGCAGACUCUCAAUGUGACAUUUUCAGCAGCUGGCAUGAAUUGCACUUUUUUUUGGUUCUUGAAUGGAGUAUGCAGACAGCUAGCCAGCAAUGAGGUGAAUGUGGCUAAAUCAGCUAAAG